CCACCACCCAUCUGUCCGCCUCGCACAUGUCUGAACGGUGGCACCUGCCACCUGGGUGCCCAAAAUCACCUGGAGUGCCUGUGUCCGCUGGGCUUUGCCGGGGCAUACUGCCAGGUGGAGGCAAGGGGGACGACGCUGUCCCCGGCCACGCAGGCCCCGCCGCCCAGCCGGCAGAUCAGCAUCACGCAGGUCAGCAGCACCUCCCUCAAAGUGGACUUGCAGAACUACAUCCAGUCCAAGGCGCAGCUGAAGGGCAUCCGCUUGAGCUACCGAAAUCUCUCUGGGCCGGACAAGCGACCGGUGAUGCUGCGUUUGCCAGCUUCACUCGCCGAGGACACAGGGCGGGCGCUGGAGCUUUUUUUUCUGAAGCCCAACUGCACCUACCGCAUCUGCAUCGGGCCCCUGGGGGAGAAGGUCUCCAAGGAGGAGCACUGCGCCGAGGCACAGACCUUGCCCGCGAGCCACCAGCAGCGCUCACCUGUCACCCAGGGCAAGGACGGCAACCUCACCCUGAUGAUCGUCCCCGCGCUGGCCGCCGUGCUACUACUGGUGGUGCUGGUGACAGCCGGCACGUACUACCGCCGGCACCGCCGGGCGAAGGCGCAUGCUGGUGCUGGGGUGGACACUGGCCCAUUGGAGCUGGAAGGGGUGAAAGCCUGCCUGGAAAAUGGAGAUUUGAGCAGCCAUGGCCACAAGGUGCCGGAGGCGGCGAUGCUUUCUGGUGGCUCUGAGUGCGAGGUUCCACUGAUGCAGUCGCACUACCCCAGCAACAACAACACCCCGGGGCUCAAACCCUCCUAUUUCUGA